AAACCAAGCCCUCGUCUCCUUAUAACGGUUGCCACUUCCCUCAGCGAAGGCGUUCUUCGCAGGCGUCUUUCGCAUCCCCAACGACGUUAGGGUUUUGAGAAAGAACGAUGGCGGAUUCCGAGCCCAAACCGCAAACGGAGAACGUUGAGUACGAUGAGAGGAGGCUCAAGUACCUGGAUUUCGUCCAGAUGGCCGCGAUUUACAUGGUGAUCUGCUUCUCCACCCUCUACGAAUUCGCCAAGGAGAACUCCGGCCCGCUCAGGCCGGGCGUCCAGACCGUCGAGGCCACCGUCAGGACCGUCGUCGGGCCGCUGUACGACAGGUUCCAACACGUGCCCUUCGAGGCCCUCCGCUUCAUCGACUCCAAGGUUGACGAGUACGUGCACGAGCUGGACAGCCUCGUGCCGUCGCUGGUGAAGCAAGCGUCGACCCAAGCCCGAGCCAUGGCGUCGGAGGUGCAGCGCGCCGGCUUUGCGGACGCCGCGAGGAGCGGGUACAAGAGGUUGGAGCCCGCGGCCAGGGAGAUGUACGGGAAGUGCGAGCCUGUGGCGGAGGAGUACGCGGUGGCCAUUUGGCGCCGCCUGAAUGGGAUGCCGCUCUUCCCCCAGGUGGCGGAGAUCGCCGUGCCCACGGUGGCCUAUUGGGCGGAGAAGUACAACAGGGCGGUGUGCUACGCGGCGGAGAGGGACUACCCGGUGUCGGGCUACCUGCCGCUGGUCCCGCUGGAUCGGAUCGCGAAGGCGUUCGACGAGGCGGAGCGUGGGCCCGCCGCCGCGAAUGGGGAGGUUGCGACGGCCCAAUAGCUUUUCCCGCUUUCCAUGAGGCGCGUUUUGCUUUGGAGGUCCCCGUUUGGUUUUGGUUGUUUUCUUCCAGUCUUGUGUGGCCGACGAUGAACGGUAUUUUGUGUGCGAGUGCAGAAACUUGUUACGGUGGAGA